CCGCUCCUCAUGUACGCCAACACGCCGAUCCCGCAGGAGGUUUUCAAGCCGGUCAAAAAGGUCUUUGACAAGGACGACAAGUAUGUCGGGGGCGGCCGUCAGGCUGACAUUGCGUGGGAUGCACUCGUCGCUGGUCACGACGCCGUCUGGAUAGAGGAUCCCGAGAAAUGGGGCCUCGGCGAGGGCAUCGUCGCGCCGUACGAUCAUCCAAACACGCCCACUCCAAAGCCGCAGCAGUUUUAUGUCAUCUCUAUCCUGCAUCAACUACACUGCCUCAACAUGAUCCGCUUUCAAUACUACCAAGAAGUGCACCGCGACUCGCGCAGGCUCUCCCGGGCUUCCUCUUCACUACCUUCUGCGGAGGAGGAGGAGGCUUUCAAGUGGAAGGUGCACGUCGAACACUGCUUUGAGUACUUGCGCCAGGGCAUCUCGUGCGGCGGCGACCUCGUCAUCGAGGGCAGCAGCCCGAUCAAGGUGGGCAGGGGCCACGCCACAUCCGUUACGGGUUGGGGCGUCGAGCACGAGUGCAUUGACUUUGAGCGCUUGAGGCAGUUCCAGAUCGACCAGGAGGCCAAGUAUAAUAUGACCUGGCAG